AUGGAUCCGGGGGCUGCCGCGGCGGUCGGCAACAUGGAAGCGGCGCUGGAGGGUCAUUUGGAAGAUACAAUGAAGAAUCCCUCCAUUGCGGGAGUCCUCUGCACCGAUUCUCAAGGGCUAAAUUUGGGUUGUCGUGGCACCCUCUCAGAUGAGCAUGCAGGUGUAAUAUCUGUUCUGGCCCAGCAGGCAGCAAAAUUAACUUCUGAUCCAACAGAUAUUCCUGUUGUAUGUCUUGAAUCGGACACUGGCAAUAUCAUGAUCCAGAAGCAUGAUGGCAUCAUAGUGGCAGUACACAAAAUGGCAUCUUAAUCUUGCGCAUUCACAGCAUUCAUUGCUCUUCAAUAAAUCACCUUUGUGGAACAGUCUUCUACCAGUUAAUACAAAUGGGAUACCCAAGCUCACGAAGCCAGAACCUAGUUGAAUCUGACUGUAAACAUUCUCUCUUGCCUAAGUUGGUACAGAAUCUAUCUGCAGAACUUCCAUUGUUUCAUGUUAUGAAUAAUGGAACUUUUUUCUGUUGCUGGAGACAGAGCAACUUAACAGGUGGUCCCAAUGUUAGAGGAACUCAGAACAUUGCUGAGGACAAGUAAUGCAUUCUAUUUUGACUAAAUAUUUAAUGUUGUGUAUUUGCUUUGAUGUAGCAGAGGAAUCUGUUAAGGAAAUCUUGUCCUUUUCCUUGGCAUGUUGACACUAAAAGUCUACUUCAAGUCAAGCUUGACUCUUGGUGACUUCCAUGUAUUUUUAUUGCCAUCAAAUGCAAGAGGUUAGCCACUGCCUUCUAGGAUACUUUUCAAAUUUUCACCCUAGUCUAUAGCCCUGGACUUCCUGUAUCAAUCCAAAUACUAAUCCAGACCAAUUCAGUGUAACUUUCUAGAUCAGUCAGGGUUGGCUAAAUAUUGCCACCUUGCAUUAAAAAAAAAAAAACUCAGACACUUAAAGGAGUUUGAUAAUAGCUAUGUGGGUUUUGCACUGCUGUUUUCUGAAGAGUAACCUAGAAAAUAAAUGUGAACAAAUUCCUCUCUAACCAGUUGCUAACUGAUGUCAGGAUCUUACUUUGGUUGAUGAGGUUAUCACAUUGGCUUAUUUUAUGUGCUAGCUAAUAAAGACUUACCAGUAGGGUCAGUA